AAGACUAAACUCCGGAUACUUCCGUUCUCCUAGAAAAGAUGGCUGCCAUUCCAAAGGGCAAAGGAGAAAUUGGUAAAGAUAUGGUGGUGCUGUUUGAAGACCAACAAAAAAUAAAUCUUUUUGCUAAAAAGAAUUCUCUUUUAAAUGACAUUAAAGAUCAAAUCACAGAGAAAGAGAGAAUAUUUAAAAACGUAGAAGAUGCUGCCGAUGAAUUGAUAUUAUUUGAUGACGACCAGAUGGUUCCGUAUGAGAUAGGUGAAGUUUUUGUCUUACUCUCAUUAGAAGAGGCGCAGCAAAAGUUGGAGGAUUACAAGUUGGAACUGCAAAAAGAAUUAGACAAAUUAAAAGAACAAGCCAGCAGCAUAGAAGAACUACUUUCCAAAGUCAAGUCACAGCUUUAUGCAAAGUUUGGGGAUAAUAUAAACUUGGAAGCAGACAGUUAGCAAUUGUAAAAAAUUAAUACUUAAAAAAAUUAUUAGUGAAAUGAAAUUGCAAGGAAAACUUUUUGAUUUAAUCAUGUUUCAAUAAUUA